CAAAACCUUGUGAUACGAGCGCCCUCUGUCAACAAAUGGGAACACAAUGAGCAUAAAUUUGUGUGGAAAUAUCACAAAGAAGAGGGAUAAAGCCAUGCCUCACUGGACAUAGCAUCACAAGGUGACAGAGAGAGCGAGAGAUCGAGAGAGUAGGCACAAUGUCUGAUGCGAAUUUGAUGGCAGAAUCUUACGCUGAAGACGCCAUGCAAAACGUCGCCACGGACGAGGAGAACAAGCCGUGCUGUAAAUUCUGCGGCAAGAAGUUCGCGCAGUCCAGCUACAUCAAGGCGCACAUGAGGCUCCACACGGGAGAAAAACCGUUCGCCUGCUCGUUCUGCCCCAAACGAUUCAGCGAUUGCAGUAACUGGAAGAAACACGAGAGAAUUCAUAUCAGACAACUUGGAUUAAAUCCAGACAAACCGACCAAUCAGAGCAAGAACCAGGUGGCAGCCGUCGUCCAGAACUACUCCACCCCCAAAUCCAAAUCGGACCACAGGGAUUCGAACUUCCAGUGUAAGGUGUGUAACAAGACGUUCUCCAAUGCUAGCAGUCUGACCACGCACCGCCGCAUACAUAGCGGGGAGAGGCCGUACCGCUGCGAGACCUGCGGGAAGUCGUUCACACAGAUCGGCACGCUUAGAACCCACGAACGAGUUCACACAGGAGAGCGACCGUACAUGUGUAAGCUAUGCGGCCAGACUUUUGCCCAGAACGGCAGCUAUCGCAUGCACGAGCGACGCCACAUGAUGGAGAUGCUCCACAAAUGUCCGAUCUGUCCCGUAAAGUUCUCGCAGUGGGAGGACGCAAAGGCUCAUCUUGCUACGCACCCGGAAAUCGCAGGCGUUGCAGACUUCAUGAAACACCUGCCUUCCAUGUCGUCCGCCGGAGAGACUGACGAGGAAAAUAUGCCCCCCAUGGACGGCUUCGCCCCUCAGAUUGAACAGCUCCACCUGGAUCAGUUUCCGCCUCCGGGGUUCCCCUUUCCCUCUCAGUUAUCUCCCUUCUUCAAUCUUUCGUCGUUACAUUUUGGUGCUGCCCUCGGUGAUUUACCGACCCCUGCCGGACUUUUUGCUGCCCAAGGACAGUUGAUUAAAACAGAGGGCCUUAACUUACACACCCCUCGGUCUACCCCUCAGGAGGACCUGUAUAGACAGUCCGCGGAGGUCACGACCUCUGUCGCUAAUGGAGUCGUCCCUUCCCCUAAUGAUAACGGGGACACAGCGGUCAGCACGACCACAGCGAGGGACAGGAAGUACAGCUCUGACUCCCACACCUCAAGGUCACUGUCCACCCCCGACAACGGACUCGAAAACGGCACAAACAGAACGGACACAGAAAAAGGCAACAUGGAGACAGACUUCGUCCAUCCAGACACGGAGCAAGGCGCCAAGCCAAACUCGGAGGACUCGAGCGUGGUCAGCGACCACUCCGAUAACAACAACUCGGAGGAAGUCCAGGGGAUCAAGUGUACUAACCUCCACAGCCGGCUGUCCGGAAACUCCCGCAAACAGAAGUGUCCGAUGCGGCGCUACAGCGGAUCAGCUGCUUCCUCCAUGGUUGACCCGGAUACAUCAACCCACGUUACGCAGAGUCUCCUGAACGAGUCGGACAGCAUCUACUCGGGCGACCAGAGCAUCGAGGAAUUCCAGGAUAUCAACAGCAUCACGGGAAAGCUCUACCGCUGCGAACACUGCCGAAUCCUGUUCGAGGACUGCACGCUCUAUCUCCUUCACAACGGGUUCCAUUCGCACGACGCCGACCCGUUUAAAUGUGUUAUAUGUCGGCUGUCGUGUCGCGACAGGAUCGAGUUCAACUGCCAUCUUAUCAGUCACAUCAAGUAAAUGAGGAAAAAAAGCCCUUUUACUUUUAAAGGUUUGUUGUCGAAUGGGUUCAAUUGUGUGUCAAGACCUGGGUUUAUUUUUCACGUUGAAUGAUUCUGAUUUUUUUGUACAAAUGAGAACAAACAUCUGUCCAAAUGUUUUUUUUUUCAUACUAUAUUUUUAAGGUGCCUAUUUUUUGAAAGUUAUAAAUGCUGUUGAAGAUUUGUUUUUUAAACUUCAUGCACCUUUAGAAUUUGGGACAUGUAAUCCAUGAAGUUUAUUUCCAGGCCAGAUGAUAAUUUGCCUUUUGGUCAGUAUUUAGAUCUUGGCUUAUAUAUGGUUUAAUCUGUAUUCUUGCAAUGAAUCAUAGAUCUGAAAAUAGAUCUGAUAAAACAGUUUUUAAAAAAGCUGUACGGAGGAAACUCAAAACGAUGAGUCAGCAAUUUUUACUGGAUACCUUCCACCCCUGUAUGUUUUUUGUUGAUGAACAAAUAUGAACUGUAUUAUUUUAGAUAGUAGUUUUUUUUUUCUUUUUGUUUUAUUAUUAUUAUUAUAUUUUUUUGCAAUAUUCACGUAGUUUUAGAUCUGUUCCACUUUUCAUAUAUUCAUUAUGUUAGAAGUUAUUUUUGUCCAGUGUUGGCUAUUAUUUCUCUAUUUAUUAUUUUACCCGAGGAUCAAAGUUGGGUUUGUCAUUUACAGCUACUUUAUUUUACUUGUAAGAAAAGUAAUUCUUUACACACAAGGUUAGUGCUAUAAUUCUUCCAAGGUUUUAUUUUAUUGUAAACCAGGAAAAGGAUCAUACAUACAAAAGUGCUCUGAACAAUUUAUCCCCAAAACACGGGUUCAGGACAAACAGAUUUAUUUUUUUGAAUAUUCAAAUUUUUACUUACAUGUACCUGUUUAUUGAUGAGUUACAUACUUCCAAGUUUAUAAGUUGCAUCUCAACUUUUAUGAAUAAGGUACCUGAAGUAGGUCCAAUGAAUUUUUUACUAAAAAAUAUUAAAAAGUAACAUAGUUGUAUUUAUUCUUUUUUUUUAAACCUCAAACAACCAUUAUAGUGCUAAAAAUAGAUCUGAGAAAUGUCUCUUAAGUUGUUUCUGUUAUGCAGGAAGACAACUUGACACAAAAAUUCUAAAACACUGGGAUUUUGUUUUUGUUGUUUACAUGUUUUUGUAUUCCAUUAUUGUAGUGCAUUAUCCCAUGUGGAUGUUAUUUUAGUUUGCAUGUAUCAUUAUUAUUUUGUUUAAAGUUUUUGUUGCUGUUCGCCUAAUUCCUACAGCAGUUUUGCUGUGGUAAGCACCCCCUCCCCCUAGUUAUUUAAAAACAAGCCUCAUGGGGAAAAUUUCCCCUAACAAAUUGUUGCACAAUGUAUUUUAUUCUUUACAUCUGUGUUACUUUUUUUUCAUAUCAACAUAUCUUCUUGGUCAUUGGUGGAGUUGAAAGUAAGAUUUCAGGUUCUCUCUCUAGCAGCCUCUGGGAAAGCUAUAUUUUGAAGCAUUAUUUAUAGCAAAACACACUGGGUUUUUUUUAAAGCGUUAACUAAAAAUCGGGGCCAAAAUUUAUUCUUAAAAACGAAUGUGCUUUGUAGGUUUGACCAAAUUGUGAUUUGAACAUAUUUUAUUAUGCAAAUAUACAUUUACAUAUUAGGAUUAGGCAGCAGGCAAUGCCUAUGUAAGCCUUCUCCGUGAAUUGACCAAAUUGUGACCUUGAUUUAAGAAUUAUUAGGAAAAUUAACAAAAUUUUCUUUUUCUUUCGGCAAUUUAAAUUCUAUUCAGAAUUUUUCUGUAUGCAAUUUUUUUUUUCACGAUCUUGCCUGUUAGCUUUUUAAGUAGAUAUUCUGUAUCAGAAUCAUAUGUAUAAGUAUCGAAUGGCCAAGAUAUUAAAAAUUUACAAUCCCCUUCCUUUAUCCCUCCCCUCUCCCCCCAACUUCACACACCAUUGUGCCAUGUAGAGGAGACUGAUCAGCCAUGGGUGUUUAUAGUUAACAUUGUAGAGUACAUAUCAUUUACAUGUAUUAUACAUUUAUUUCACAGGGGUCGGCUCUCUUUUUUUUUUGCACGGUUGUAUAUUUUAGUAUGCAUUUUUGACCCCCCUGUGACAAAGAUCAUUUUGAGUUCAUUUUUUUGCCCAUAGUGAUGUAUUUUAUUUUUGGUUGUUGAUGUUUUAUCAUUACCUCUGUGUCAGAACUUAUUGAUUGAUAUUCACCUGUAGUAUUUCCAAGGGUACCAGUAUUUUUAUAUGAAAGCUGUUGUCCAAUCGAUGCCUUCUCUGUUGAAUGGUCAAGGGCAUUAGUUGUUGAAUUUUCCAGUACUAUUCAGAUAUAUCACAAUUCUUUUAUUCGUUCAUUCUUUAUGAAAAAAUUUCCGUACAGAACUAAUUUCUCAUUCGAAUCUAAGGAGGGGAUUUCUGAUAGAAGAUGAUAAAGAUUUAGGUCAAAUCGCACAUGUAAGCAUUAGUUCCAGUUUGACAGAUACACCGUACUCAAACAUUAAAUAUUAACUGUCUAAUUUCUAUCUUAAACAGCAUCCUUCUGUUAAGUAAAACACUAAGGUUUGUUUUUCAGAGGGCAUCUUAUUUUAUUUUUUUAAUUUUAGUUGAGUUUUAGUACAUUAUAAAGAAAGGCUUUAAAAUCAAGAAAAAUGAACAUAUCUCAGUGUAUAUUUUAUUUUUCUGAUCUUUUUUAUUGAGCUCUCCUUGCCAAACAAAUAAUAUAAAGUAUAUUGCAGUCCUUGUUUUGAAACAUGAUUUUUAUUGCAUGUACGAUUAAUAAUGCAUGCAUAUCAAAGACUUCCAUUUGUGUCAUAUGACCUUCGUAAAAUUUAUUUUUAAAAGAAAAUUUAGAUGAAUAAGAAACUGCUGAAUUGACUUUCAAAAAGUUCAAACUAAUAAAAUCUUUGUUGUUGUAUGCAAUAAUAUUUAGCAAUAUCAUUCUUCCAUCUCUGUUUAUAAAAAAAAGUUUGCUUUUCCAAAAUGGCACAACUUGAUAUUUUUUUGUUAUAAUUAAUUGGUUGAUAAAUCUACAACAUUUUACAUUUCAUUUUGUGUGUCAUGUUAGAAUUUUUUUUCUCGUAUAAAAAUAUCAUUCUGUAUUUUGCAGCAAUAUAGUUAUCAAUGUUUAUUAUUUUUUCUUGUUAAUAGUUGUUUUGUUUUCUUAAUAGAAAACUGGCCAGUUUUCUUAUGAAAAUUACAGCUUUUUUUUUCUAGAAGACCAAAUUUGUGGGACUGUUUUUGUUUCAGUGCCGUAGUUGUUAUUUAAAAGAAAUGCACCAAUUUUUCAAUUAGCAUUGCAAUUUUUAGCUUGAUUCAUUUAAGUUUUUUUCAUGAAAAAUUCUUUUUCUACUUCUGUUGUAUAACAGUUAAGUAACAGUAGCUAUGACAAUAUUUUUCGCAAAUGUUCAUCAAUCUGAUUUAAGUCUUACUAUGUUAAAAAUUAUUUUACUUAUAACAAAAAAAAACAAAGAUGAGACAGUUUCGCCUCCUCUCAAUAUUCCCCAAGAAAGUUAAAUGAUAUACAUGAGAUUCUAAAAUUGGUUCAGGAAUCAUUGUUGUAUAUACCUGGUAUUUCUUGAACAUUACACUAAACAAACAUAUCUCAUUGUUAAUUUUCUCAUUUUUAGGGGGGAGGGGUGUCCAAUAAUAUGCCCCCACAGUCAUCAUUUACAUCACAAAUUGACAUUUUUGGGCAGUGAAAAUCAGUUUUAUUCCUUUAGAUUGUUGUUUUAAUUCCCCAUCUUAAACUGUUCAAAUUCUUCAGACUCUUCUUUGUUUAGAGGUAAAAAAAAAACCUCUAUAAAAUGACCAUGACUUUCUAGCUUGGUAAAUUUUUUUGGUUUUUGUUUUUUUUUUAACAACUACAGCACAUGAAACUGAAAACAUGUCCGUUUUGUUAGAAUUUAGUACAUAUCAGCUAUAAUUACUAGUGAUAGUUUGUUAGUUAGUUGGGACCAUUCAAAUGAUUAUAUUUAUAGUGAUUAUUUUUUGCUGCUUCCAAGUUGUGAGGAAACAAGGUCAUUUGUAGAUUAUUUUUCUAUAAUAUUUUUUCUAAAAAACAGUCGGUUCACAAUUUUUUUUUUUGAAAGUUGGUACCUUUAAUUUUUGUCACAACUUUAGUUUUCUGUACCUCGUAAACUUAAUGACCACUUUCUAUUACACUUUGAUAUCAGCAAUGUUUUCCUUUUUUUUACGGGAUGAAAUUCCGUACCUUAUAUUUUAAGAUGUCUGUGGUAACUUUCUACGUUUUAUUGACCACUGAAACUAUGGACACAAUUAUGACCAAAGCCAAAUACGAAACUUUCUAAGAGAUCCCCGCCCCCAUUUUUCCUUUUUCUUCCACACAUUGACUAGACACAAGGUUUUCUUUUUAUGUCACUGAUGUCAAAACCUGUGAUCAAGCAAUUUUUGCCAAAUAUUUCUGUAUUUCUCUCACUUUGUUUUUCUUUUGUAACACAUGGAAGUGAUGAUCUGUCUGGGUUUUUUUAAACUGUGUAUUGAAUGAAUGUUUUGAUAAUAAUAACUGACUAAACUGCUGAUAGUGUAAAUGCAGAGCUUCCAGCUUUGCUUAACUGUGAAUAAUUAUCAUACCCUUCUUUUUUUUCAUCCUCCCCACCCCCCUUUCUUGAUGUCUUCGUGUAGAUUUACAGGGUAACUAUGGGAAACUGUGUUGUAAUUUCGCUUUUUGUUAUUGAUUCUCUUUUUUCAUCAAGUCGAAGGGGUUUUCACAUGAAAACACUUGUCCAACAUUUUCUUUAUCUUCCUGAAAUUUUGAAUUAGUUUACAUUUUUCAAAUUCAGUUGUUUUAUAUAUUUGGGUUAGUUAACACAAUAAGACAAAUCUGCUGAUUUUGAAACAAAGUAGCAAAGUGCUCGAGAUAUUCUUCCUACUCAAAUGUUAUUUCUGUUGCUUUUGAUAUAUACUUAAGUUGUGAAACGAAUGUUGCCAGAAAGUUGGAUUUCGUUGGAUUUGACACAAUGUGAUAAAGAAACCCCCAACAAAAAUUGUUUUAACAUUAACACAUGAUAUACUGAACUUUGUGAUGAAUAGACUUUGGUGCAUCCAUUGAAUGUAUGCAAUAACUUUUUAUUUUCUCUUGUAUUAGAUGUUGCAGUUUUAGAUACUAUGAUUAUCUACAUGUAUAUUACCAAAAAAACUACAUACAUAUGUAAUCACCCCCCUCAAUGUAUAGAUAUAUUUUUGUCUUACAUACCUUGUUAUGUAUAUAUACACACAUUUAUCGUUCAUUAUAUUCUACAUGCUUGCCUCGUCAAAUAUUCUUUUGUUUGGGUUCAAACAAGCCAUCUGUGGAAACCGAAUGUCUAGGUAUCAAAAACUUGUUAAAGGUUAAAUGUCAUAAUGUUUUUUUUUUAUUCAAAUAUUUUUUGAUUCAUGUUUGCUGUAAGAUUUUUUUAUUAAGUACUUGUAUUUUGUAAACCGUUUUCAUCAUAUUUCUUUUGAAAACAAAAUUUGAGCAAAAAUUUCAUUUGCAUAUCAUAUUAUUGUUCUUAGUACUUAAAAGAGAUGAUUUUAUUUUUAACAUCAUAUUGAAGUUCAACUUUAAAUUUAUUCCAAUAACUGUACGUACAAGUUUUUUUACCUUGACAUUUGGUUCUCAUACUUUAAAACCAUGAAAUGCAUUUAUUUGUAAUAGAAUCUGUUUCAAUUAACUUUCAAAUAUUUUUUUGGAUCAUCAUUAAUUAUUUUCUGCCAAAGCUCGGCAAAUUGUUAUUUAAAAUGAAAAGGUUGUUAUGAGCGCCAUUUUUAAUUACAAAUUUCAUUGUACACCAGGUUUAUUUUUGUUUACACUCCUGAAUCAAAGACGGCAUUUAUUUGUAUUUUUUAUUUCUGAUUUUUUGAUAGUUUUUACAAUUAUUUGUUUACUUUUCAUUUCUACAAAGAUGGUCAAGUUCUCCUAAGGGAGACAACACAUAUAAAGAAAAAGCAAUUUUUGAAGAUGAAUUUUAUGGCUAGGCCUUGUAUUAUACUUCAACAAAUAUAACUUUGAUCAUUCCUGUAUUUUGCUUGAGCCUUCUUACUUCAGAAUCCCAAAUUCUAAUGUCAAUUUUAGGAAGAACCAUUUACAUACAAAUUCUCAAAUUGUUUGUCAGUCUCACGAAGUCAGUGAAAUAACUAGUUUUAUGAAAUCUUGAAGUACAAAUUCAAAUUCAGUGAACAGAUUUUAUGAAAGCAUGAAGGGAAAAAAUCAUUCUCCAAGAAUGAUGCAAGAUAUUUUUAUUAAAGCCAAAGUCCAGGAAUGACAAAUGUUAUUUAAAGUGAUUUUCAUUAAAAAGCCAAAAUCAACCAUUGAUGUCUCGGCAAGACCAAUGGGAAUUCUCUGUCAUGUAGAUGUUUUAUUUUUUUCCACGAGGUACUAUCAUUGACUUAAACAUUUAGCACACCUAGAUCUGUAUGAUACUAUUUUUAGACUUUGUUGGCCAUUGUAUACAUGACUUCGUUGUAAUGGUAUUAUUAUCAGUAGAUGUGUUGUGAAAUGCUUUUUCUUUCUUGGUGCUAAAUAUAUAUAUUGAUGUUUUAUGCUUCAUUGUUAGAAUCGUACUUAAAAGUACACCAUUAAAGUUAGAUCUGAUUAAAUUAA